CCUGGGGUUUCCUAAACUGAACAACAGGUGCCCGACUGGUACCGUCUAGGCCAGAAGCCAAGUUCGGUGGGCUCUCAGCCAAACACCAAAUGCUAUGGACGGCUCGGUUCCACCAGCCCCCAAAUACUGGCCGGCCCCACCCAGAGCCCGCAGAACUGGGAAGCCUGGGUUCUGCCCUCCACACCUGAGGCCUCUUCCGCCCCCGCUUCUCCUCAGGUGCUGUCAUUAGCCCUGGCGCAGUGAAGAGCUGCUGGGGCUGGACGGUCAUGGGGGAGGCCGGUAGAGAGGAGUAUAAAAUCCAGUCUUUUGACGCAGAGACCCAGCAGCUGCUGAAGACAGCACUCAAAGGUGAGCACGGGAGUCCUCCUGGCUGGGCAGGAGCUGCAGAAGGGCUGAACCCAGGGUCAGGAAAUACCCAGCCCUCUUCAAUAUCCUUUCUGAGAAUAUCCUUCCUAACUCAAUCUGGAAGACGAGCAACAUUUAGGCCACUUUUGGGAGGAUGAAUCACAGCCAUCUCUAGAGAACACAGUUCCUGCCCUUUAAGCCCUUGCAGGACUUGCUUUCUGCAUUGUGCAGCCACUUCUCAAUGUGCAGAGCUGGCUGACUCAGGACAGAGGAUGGAGACCCAGCCUCCUGCCAGCGCACUCAGGACAAUGCCGGCCAAGAGGCGAGCUCAGCCUGUGGCACAGGUCCUGCACUGUUGCUCCAGUCAGAGGCUUCUGCGAAACUGCUGUGCAAGGCAGUGGGCUUUCCUCAACCUAGUGCCAGGAAAAGAUGUGUAUGCUAAGAAACAACAGUUACACUUUGGUCUCCUCCAGCCAUGUAACCCUCCCUGCUUUCUCUGACUGGGCAACCAGAAGGCUGCUUCUAGAUCCAGGUGCAGUGGACUUGGAGAAAGCGGCCAAUGUGAUUGUGGACCAUUCUCUGCAGGACUGUGUGUUCAGCAAGGAAGCAGGCCGCAUGUGCUACGCCAUCAUCCAGGCAGAGAGUAAACAAACAGGCCAGAGUGUCUUCCGGCGAGGACUCCUCAACCGGCUGCAGCAGGAGUACCAGACCCGGGAGCGGUUGCGGGAGUGCUCCCUGCAGGGCUGGGUCUGCUAUGUCACUUUUAUCUGCAACAUCUUCGACUACCUGAGGGUAAACAACAUGCCUAUGAUGGCCCUGGUGAACCCUGUGUAUGACUGCCUCUUUCGGCUGGCCCAGCCUGACAGUCUGAGCAAGGAGGAGGAGGUGGACUGCUUGGUGCUGCAGCUGCACCGGGUCGGGGAGCAGCUGGAGAAGAUGAAUGGGCAGCGCAUGGAUGAGCUCUUUGUCCUGAUUCGGGAUGGCUUCCUGCUUCUCACAGGCCUCAGCUCCCUGGCCCAGUUGCUCCUGCUGGAGAUCAUUGAGUUCCGGGCGGCCGGCUGGAAGACCACCCCCGCUGCCCACAAGUACUACUACAGCGAAGUUUCCGACUAGAAACUGCAACUGCAGCACCAACCCUUCCGCAACCUUCCACCCAAGCCCAUAACAAAGUCCU